GUGUCGUACUAGGAUGUUCCUUAAUUCCCCAUACCCCACCAAACGUCUGCGCACGCUCAUCAAUCUCAAAUUCCGGGUAUAACCCCAAGACCAGGAUUGCGUGUUCUAUUGGAGCGUUUUCUGUCGCUCUCGGCUCCGUGUUUCUCCUCGUGGAUGACGGUCGAUCAUCCGACGCUGGAAAUGAUCAAGGUGCGUGCUAGCCGAGGGAAGCGGAGGGAGAGGUUUAAGGCAAGUGGGAGCCAGAUGUGAAGGAUGGAUUGCUGCGGUUUAAGUUCCCAUCUGCUAGGAAAUAUUCCAAUUCACCGCCGACCAUGCGCCUCGCAAGUUUCGUCCCGCUGCUCUUCGCAGCCAGCACGCUCGGCGCCCUGCCCUACAAAGGCGUCGACUGGUCCUCGCUCCUCGUCGAAGAAAAAGCAGGCAAAACGUACAAAAACACCGCGGGCCAAACGCAGCCCCUCGAAACCAUCCUCAAGGCCUCGGGCGUCAACACCGUCCGCCAGCGCAUCUGGGUCAACCCUUCCGACGGCAACUACAACCUCGACUACAAUAUCAAGCUCGCCCAGCGCGCGAAGAAUGCCGGUCUGCAGAUCUACCUCGACUUCCACUACAGCGACUCGUGGGCGGACCCCGGGAAGCAGGUUAAGCCGGCUGCGUGGAAUAGUCUGAGCACGACGGCGCUGAUCCAAAAGGUUUAUGAUUAUACGAAGGAUGUUAUGGACACGUUUGCGAAGAACAAUAUCCCGCUUGCGCUUGUUAGCAUUGGGAACGAAAUCCGGCCCGGGCUGCUCUUCCCAGACGGCCAGAUGUCGAAGUCCGGAGGGCCGAAGAACGUCGCCGCCCUGCUAAAGUCCGCGUCCAAGGCGAUCAAGGAGUCGACUCUGAGCACGAAGCCCAAGAUCAUGAUCCACAUCGACAACGGCUGGGACUGGUCCACGCAGCAGUGGUGGUACGACACGGUGCUCGCGUCCGGCGGCGGCCUCUCCGCCAGCGACUACGACGUCCAGGGCGUGUCGUACUACCCGUUCUACAACUCGGGCGCCACGCUGGCCGCGCUCGGCUCCUCGCUGGCCAACAUGGCGAACAAGUACGGCAAGGAGGUCAUGGUGGUGGAAACGAAUUGGCCGACGUACUGCCCGAACCCGGCGUACAGCUUCCCGUCGGACACCAAGAGCAUCCCGUUCAGCGUCGCCGGUCAGACGGAGUGGAUGAAGCAGGUUGCGACUAGGGUGGCGAAUGUAGGGAGUAAGGGCACGGGACUGUUUUAUUGGGAGCCGGCGUGGAUCGAUAAUUCGGGGCUGGGGAGUAGUUGUGGGUGGAAUUUGAUGGUUACAGAUCAGGGGCAGGCGAUGGAUAGUCUAGGGGUGUUUGCGAGUAUUUAGAUGGGUAAGGUGUAGUUGGUUGAAUGAAUGAAUGAGAG